GCCUUCAGCAAAGCUAUAGAUUUAGAAGAAAAUAAACAAGAACCGAAAACCCCAUAACGAUGUAAAGGAUGCUAAUGAUGUGUUUAUUGUUUAGCCCAUUUUUUCAGUGAAGUUUGAAGCGCUUCACAGAUGGCUGAACAUCGAUGGACAAAGAAACGUGGACGUUGAAUUUAAUAAUUACUGCCUCCAAUUGUUAGCUUGUGCCUGGCAUUAGCAUGCCGCUCCCCAGCCUCGGUUUAUCCUUCACAAUGGGUUAUUGCACUUUUAUUUGAGAGCGUCAUGUAUUCCGCAUCUCGGCAAGACAAUGUGGCUCAAAGAGAGACUGGGGUUGUCUACCAGGCCUUGCCUGCCGUUGGUGCUGAUGGAAGAAAUGUUAUGAUUCUGAUGCCUGUUCACGUGGUCAAUGGGAAAUACUAUGUCCCAAGUCAAAUCGUCAAACCUACAACACAGGGGAAUAUUGUAUCGGCACCUGUUCCCAUUGGAAAAAAGAUUGGCGUGACGUCAUUAGCCAAGAAACAAACUGUCAGCGAUCUGGUUCCCCUUGUGAAUCCCUUGCCUUGUAAAAACAGAAUAGCGGGUCAAGCAUUAGAGCUCGGUACUUCAUUAAAUACACAUCCACUUAAGACUAUAGGACCACAAGCAUUCAUCAACGCCCCCAAAAAUCAGGUACUAACAGUUUCAGCUUCCAAAGCUCGCUCAGGUAUCAAGAAUCAGCUCUCGUUGUCAUCAACAAACUCCUUUUCAAGUUCCGACUCCACCAAUGUGCCCACCGUAUCAUCUAAGACAUCUGUCCGUCAAAGCAGUGAUUCUUCAUACAUUUCAGAACUCGAGAAUGUUUGUUCAACUUCAUUUACGACUUCACUUUCACUGGGACCAGCCAAAUCACACUUGCAAUUGAUUCCAAAGGUUUCCCAGAGGCCCGAUAGUCCAAUGAAGUGGGUGAUUGAAGAAGUUAACUCUAAUGAGUCUGCUCUUCCAAAUUCUCCUCCUGUUCUAUCAAAGACCUAUCAAACCUUGGAAACAAGCAACAAGUUUGGAGCGCUUGAAAAAGUGGUGCCAGUUUCGCUGUCAUCCUUACCUACCAAUGAAACACAUCAGCAGCAGGCCAUGGUCAUGUGCGAUGGCAGGGUGUUUUUCGCAGCCGAAAAGGACGCCCUUUCAUCACCAGUGACGAGCAAGAAAAAAAAUUGCACACCAAAAAACUCUUUAGCCCCUUCAUCCUCAUCGUCACUCAUGCAGCACUCGAGGAUGAUCACUUCCAAUGGGCCAAAUGAAGUGAUUGACCUUUGCAGUGAUGAUAAUCCAAAUGACGUGAGUCAAACACUGCUUAUGGACUCUUCUUUAGAUGAAGAUAAUGUAAUAUUUGUAUCAUAUAUUCCACCAAAAUCUGAAAAUGUGACAUUACAAAGUAUGGCUGAAGAAACACUGCAGAAUGAAACAAACCGAACAAGAACUUUGGACCAUGUGACUGAACAUAUAAGGACAAUGCUCAAUUCCUCUGAGACCGCCCAUGAUCAUCUGGCAUGUGGAAGCUCCAUUGAUAGAAUCCAGAAACCCGAUCAGAGCGUGAUUGGAAGCACAGUUGCUAAUGAAUACAGUGACUCUGUCAUUAGCAGUCACUAUAACAGCGAUAAACAACAGUUGGACAGCUUCGAGGUUUCCCAGCGAAUGGAUGAUUCAGGCCUAACCAGUGGCGAAUCCACAGACAAAGAAGAGCGUUCCUCAAAUGCACUACCACUUUGCAGAUCAUUUGACCACCUACUGAGAAAAAAAUUUGGGGUUACAGCUGAUGUGAGAAUUUGCCUGCAUAGAAUUAAUCCAGGAUCAGCUGGUCUUGGACUUGACAAGCUUGCACGGAAUGGGCCUACUGAGGACAUUCUGGACCCCACAAACCUUUCGAAAGAACGUGAACUUUUCAUGCAGUACCAUUACAAUCCACAAGGCCUCGACCGCAGCGCUUGUCCAGUUGAUGUCAAAACGGCAAAAUUAGCAGGCGGAGAAAGUGUUGCUUCAAGUCCCCAUGCAGGGUCAAUGGUUGGCUAUGUGGAGCCAAUCGAUGAAGAUAUCACCAUCUCAGAUGAAAAUGACACUCCAAGCAACCAGGACUCAACUGCCCAGAGUUUGUAUAGUGCACAUUCCAAUACAAGUAGAAUGGGAAGGGCCAGGAAGCGCCCAAAGUGUCCAUGUUGUGUUCCUGGCACCCAGGGCCUGGCCGUGAAGACCGGCACCAAGGUAGAAGAGUCGCAGAGGUUAACAUGGACAAGAGACCACACGAGUAAAAGGAGUAGACGUUAGCAAUAGGUCAAAUAACAGAAGUUAAUGUUUCUGUCACGUUUGAAUUGCGUUCAAGAGAUUUACGCAAAUACUCCAAGAGUGUCCUUCGUUGUGGAUCAAAACUGCAGCAGCAAAUGCACUGAAAGUGUCGCUAAGUUAAGUUGGCGAUGAACCAAAAUUGACCUUGUCGGAGUGAUUGUCGUCCUGCAGAUAGUUGAGCACAGGAAAACUGUUUCCGUUUAUUUUUGUCUUGUCAUUUGAUGCCCUCCGGUUAGUUCAUAACCUGCCUCCCAGUUUUCAAGCAAUUUCAGCUGGACAUUCUUAUACAGCUGGCGUUAAAUAUAACCACAACCUAUUUUUAUAUAAUUGCGUCCAUGUUUCUUAAAGUAUUUUGGACAGUUUUCUCAAUUGGUCUUUAAUGUGAUGAUAGCAUUUUUGUUAAAUAACUUAUUAACAAUAACUUAUUAUUUCUACUUUAGAAUAAGAAAGUCUUGUUUACAAUCUUGAAGACAAUGUUAAAAAUGAUGUUCUGUUUAGCCUUAACAUCCAUCGGCUUGUCUUUUCUGGAUAUCGGAUUACUUGAAUAAAAUACUAAUAUCAAAUAG